AAGGUUGUGCUGUUUGACAUGAAAAGCCACUGACAUACUGUUUCAGUGGCAUAUUCUGCUACAUCCUCUUGCUGUUCACUGACUUACUGAAAUGGAAGGAUUCUUGAAUUAUAGCCUAGUCAUCUGUGUCUGUGUCGUUUACAUUAACGCCCAAAGUUAUCAUGAAUUUGGGGUGAUUGAAGCAUGCGGUGACUCAGAUCAAGAAGAUUUCAUUGUCAAAUUUGAUGAUGAACAGGUGGCACAUGUGAACUUUGACGAGCAAAAAGCAAUCAUCACAUUACCUGACUUUGCUGGACAAAUUGAGCUUCCGCCACUGUUUGAGGAUGCUAAAAAGGCUGUAUCUGUUUGCAGAAAUUUUGCAGGUGUGCUUAAAGAGGCAUAUGCCAAUUCAUCUGUACCACUUGAAUCACCCUGGAGCUCAAUAUAUCCCAAAAGUGAUGCACAGUUGAAUGUCAAGAAUACCCUGAUUUGUCAUGUGACUGGAUUUUUCCCUCCACCUGUCAGAGUCUCAUGGACUAAGAACAAUGUGAAUGUGACAGAUGAAUCAACAGUCAGCAGAUAUUAUUUCAACAAAGAUGGGACUCUGAAUGUAUUUUCUCGGCUGAGCUUCAUUCCAGAGGAAGGAGACAUUUACAGCUGUUCUGUGGAGCACAAAGCCCUUCAGCAACCUCAAACCAGAACAUGGGAUGUAGAGAUAAAGGAGCCCAGCAUCGGUCCAUCAGUGUUCUGUGGAGUUGGUCUGGCUCUUGGGCUGCUGGGUUUGGCCACUGGAGUCUUUUUCAUUGCCAAAAGAAACUGAAUGAUAUUGAUACAAUUUUGUUCUUUUGUUUUGGUUCUCUUGUGAAGUUGCAUAUGUGCUAAAGGUACAUUUUAGAAUUUAUUUUAAUGUUAAUUAACCAUAAAUGCCCUUUGCACCGAUUUUGCAAGUGAGAUGCUUUGGUUUUGUUUUCAGGGCUCUAUAUUGUAUACACAGCUGAGGAGGUUAUACAAUAGUAUAAAAGUCUUCAUAAGACAUGAUAUAAUAUUCUACUGUUGCAUUUAUUGUGGUGGUUUUUAAAGUCUAUAUGUAGUGGAUGCAUCAUGGGUCAUGAGAAACUACUCUUACUUUGUAAUAAAUUUCCUUUUUUCAACACUA